UCAGAAAUCUAUAUUUUAGUUUUAAUCUGUCAGCACAGACUGACUUUGUUCUGUGUUUUUCCAAUACACAUCAUGAGAUAAUGUUUUGUUUGGGUAUUUUUUAAUACUAGGAACUGUAGGUUAUGUAGUACAUCGUAGUGGACAGCAGGGGCACCAAUGGGUUACGUUUCUAAAUGUUAUCGUGAGAUUUCGCCAGUCACCAAAUUCAACCCUUGAACCCUGAUCGUGAGCGUUUGGAAAGGAUUAAACGACUAAAGAGUAUGUUAUCUUAUCUUUUUGUAAGGCGUUUAUGCCUAUCUGCUAUUGGAGAGACCGCAUGCCGCAGCGGAAGUAGGGCAAUCACAAUUCAAUGUUGCAAUCUAAGGACUUCAGCAGCUGUCAACUAUAAUAACAACGAUGCCUCACCUGAUCCGGAUUCGGUGGUGUCUUAUGAGAAGAUUCAAUCCAUGCUGUCAAGCAAGGAUAUCCAGCUGUUUGAUGUGCGCAAUCCUGAUGAAUUCCAAGCCGGACGCAUCCCUGGCUCUAUUAACAUUCCAUUGGAUAGCCUGGAGCAAUCACUGAAGCUAUCUCCACAACACUUUGAGCUUCUAUUUGAAGCAAAAGCCCCUGGGAAGGAGGAUGACAACAUCGUUUUCCACUGCCAAAGGGGUCGCAGAAGUGCAUCUGCACUGGAGAUCGCCAAGAGACUUGGCUACAUGAGGGCUCGGCACUAUGCGGGAGGAUACAGUGAGUGGGCAGAACGAGACAAGUAAAAGGUCGAGAUGGUUUGGCUUGUUUUGCCAACCAUUAAAGAGGAAAAAUGGAAGCCCUGCAGUUACUGUAACUGAAUGUCAAACCGAAGGUCAUUAUAUACUUCUGUGGGGAAAUUAUUGACUACACCCAUAGACUUAUUUUCAGUUCAGUGUGGCUGGUUUAAAAUAAAGCAAUAUCUCUGUA